AUGGCGGCACGCUCACAACUCCUGCGCACAGUGUACAAUGGUCAGCAAGUACGAAAGUUGCAUGAACUGAACAGAAAUGAGAGGCCUGGAGUAGCCCAACUACGUGAAGUGUUAGACGAUAGGUUGCAGGAGAUAAAAAAGGCAAAAACUUGGAAACAUGAAAGAGUGCUUACGUCACCUCAGGAUACUAAGGUGAAAUUGAAGGGAGCUGAAGGCUAUUUCCUAAAUUUCUGUGCUAAUAACUAUCUAGGAUUGUCUAAUCACGCAGAGGUGGUAGAAGCGGCCCGUGAGGGUUUAAAAAAAUAUGGCGCUGGCCUGAGCUCUGUGCGGUUUAUUUGUGGAACCCAAACUAUACACAAGGAGCUAGAAGAACGCCUUGCUCAAUUUCACGGUCGUGAAGAUACUAUACUGUAUGGUUCGUGCUUUGACGCAAAUGCAGGGCUGUUCGAGUCUACGCUGACUCCGGAAGACGCCGUAUUCUCCGACGCUCUUAAUCACGCCUCCAUCAUAGAUGGUAUUCGGCUGUGCAAAGCGCAGAAAUUUCGUUAUCCACAUCGAGAUUUGAACGAAUUGGAGCAUCUGCUAGCACACAGCGAGGCACGACUGAAGCUAAUCGUGACCGAUGGCGUGUUUUCCAUGGAUGGCACCGUCGCACCUAUUAAGGGACUUCGAAACUUAGCUGACAAAUACAGAGCUUUGUUAGCAGUUGAUGAUAGCCACGCCACUGGAUUCUUUGGUGAGACAGGGCGGGGAACUGAAGAAUACUGCGGAGUGAUGGGCGCCGCGGACAUCAUUUGUUCGACGUUGGGUAAGGCAGUGAGCGGGGCUGCUGGGGGUUACACUACGGGACCUAAGGAGCUCGUGACAUUGCUUAGAAACGUAUCGCGGCCUUACCUCUUCUCUAAUGCUCCUCCACCACCCGUGGUCGCUGCUUCUUUAAAGGCACUAGAUCUAGUGGAACAUAGCGGUGAACUUCGGCAAAGGCUACGAGAGAACACGCGCGCGUUCCGAUCAGGUCUGAAGUCGGCCGGACUGACGGUUGCUGGUGAUGACCAUCCCAUAUGUCCAGUUAUGGUUGGCGAUGCACCGCUAGCUGUUGAACUAGCUGCGGGAAUGCUUGAGCGUGGUAUUUAUGUGGUGGCUUUUAGUUACCCAGUGGUACCAAAAAGGGGGCGCGCGAGUUCGAGUACAACUAAGCGCUGCGCACACGCAACAAGAUGUAAAACGCGCCGUAGAUGCAUUUGCAGAGGUCGCUAG